UCUCUCUCUCUCUCUCUCUGUGUCUGUGUGGAAGUAAUGCAGGACGGCAAAGGAGCAGGAGAACAGGCCGAGGCUUCUCGCCCGGAGCUUUAUGAGGAUUAUUUGAAGUGUUUCAGUGACUGGUUUCCUGGGGAUCAGCCGCACCAUGAUGUUCAGCUGCGGAAGAAGCUGGCUCAAUAUUUGCUCAGGGAACCGACGCCUCCAGGUACUUUCACUGUGUUCCCGUUCUACCAGGCUGUGGCCGAGGCAUGUGACCCUGUUAACACAAACUGCAGGAAACACCUUAUGGCCUUCAUCAGAGCCACCGAGCUGCUGGAGACCGUCUGUGUCAACCUGUUCCUGCAACCCUGGAGGAAGGAAUUCAAGACACUGAAGACUUUCACUGGUCCAUUUGUUUACUGUCUUCUACCAGUUCUCAGCAGUUCUACCAUUCAGUCAGUACUGGCUUCUAUAGGCUACCUGCCUCACUCUGACAGCCCACAAAGUGAGUUCAGACUCUGUGAGGAUGCUAACCCAGACAGAGCUAUACUGGUGGGCUUCGAACUUCUGCUGGCCCGGUUGGAGUGUUACCACCUCCUGGAGGUCCUGGAUAAGGAUCAGCUAGGACCAAAGGAGUGGCUGGAGGUUCUCCAGAGGAGAGCUGGGCCUACAAAAGUGGAAGAAGCCCCAGGAAAGGAGAGAAAAAUAGGGCCAAAGGAGGAGGAGAAGGAGAAAGACAAAGGAGACAGUAAAGAGGUACUUCUGUAUUCAGUCCCCGGGCCUGGAGAGGGAGUCAGGUGCACUCCUCGACGCAUUCCCAUUGCAGACCAGUUCAUUAUGGAGAUGCAGAGAACUUACCCUGAUCUGGCCUUCAGAGGUCGUCCUCUGGUACCAGACAAACCACACCGAGCAAAAAGGAUCCGAAGCAGCAGUAAAGAUAUUCAUACUGCCAGUGGUCAUUGCAGUGAUAACAGUAAAGCUUCUGAGAUCCCCAAAAGACACGUUAUCAAAAACAUCAAAGCUACUUCUAAGAUUAUCUGCAGUAAAAUUGAUGGAAGCAAAGCUGAUAAAAUGUUGGGUGAUGAAGGAAGAAGUAGUGGUUUAUAUGAUAACACCCCUGGAUACACCACCCGCAGCAGCUGCAGAGACACUGAUGGAGACAGGGUGGAUGUUGAGCUCAGUGGGCCUCAAGCCAUUUCCCUUCAAAUGGGCCUGAAGCCUGGAUUGACUCCGCCCACAGUAGCUCCCUCCGCAGCAGGCAUACCAAAAAAAAGACUGUCUAUACCAGCUCUUCCCUCUCUGAGCUCUAUGGACGAGGACUGGGAGCUGAGGGGGCUGGCAGAGAGGAUGAAGGACCAGCUCCAUGUCCAGGAAACCAACGAGGAGGUGAAUAGAAAAGAAGAAAACAAGAGAGGAGAGAACACAAAUAAAGAAAGGAGGGAGAAUGAAAGAAAGAUCAGCACAGAGGGAGAGGUGGAGGAGCAGAUACUCAUGAAACCAGUGGUGGAGACAGGUCCAGCACUGACCUAUGAUGCAGGUGGAGGCAGCACAGAAGGACAAGAAAAAGAAAUAGAAGAAGUGGAAUUCAGUGAAGGAGAGGAGGAGCAGCUGGGUCAGAAUUUUGUCUUUGUCUAGGUGUCAGAAAAGGUAAUAACCGCUCAAGAAAAAUUUACAUAUUUGUUGUUUUUUUUACAAAAUCUGCUCUGCCCACUCUCAGGACUUUCCUUAGCUGCUUUUGGUGCAAGUGUUAGAUAAGAGGCUUCACCAGUAGACACUCAGACUUGGCUCUUCAAUCCUGUCAAUGUACAUUGUGAUUUUGUUGAUGUGCUCUGUAACACGUGACACGUUUUGCACUUCUGUGCAUACUGGGAGAGGGAUCCCACACAUGCUUCUCUCUGAGGCGUUUGUUCUCCUGAUAAAAUGUUUUUCUGGUAGUUUUUCCUAACUCUUGUUGAGGUUUAAGAACAGAGAAUAUUAUCCCUAUGAUACAAAUUGUGAUUUGUGAAUAUGGGCUAUACAAAUAAAAUUUGAUUGAUGAUUA